UUUUGUAAUUCUCGCACUUUAGUUAAUACUUACUCCCAUCCACACACACACACAUACACACACGCCUACACGUUACGUUGAUCUUCUUUUCAUCCUUUUACCGUUGCUUUGCAUGUUGCGGUGACUCAGUUUUCUGCAAUUUUUGUUGCGCCCGUGCCAAUUAAAUAACCAUUUUGCAUAAUUAAAGAGCAGCCAUAGAGUGGUAAUAGGUGGAGUGGGUCCUAAAAAACGAAUUGUACAAUUAAAAUGCAAUCAAAGCUGUGUUAAUGUAGUCAUUAAAAAGGCUGUCAGCGAAAAAAACAAAAACAAAUAAAAACGAAACAAAACAGCAACAACCGAAAACAAAACAAGACGCAGACAGUAACAUCAGCGACAGCAACAACAAAAUUAUGAACAAAAAUCACAAAAUUUAUUAAAAAGUGAAAGUUUUUAGUCGACGACGUUGCCGUCCGUCCGUUUGCACAAAAUUACCAGAGGGAAAAAGAAAUGCAAAAACAAUCAACAAGUCUGCGAAGCAAAACAAAACAAAUCAGCAGAAGACCCGCGGAGAGCGCUGCUUUGUGACCCGAGAGCGAGAAGAGAGGGACCUGGCUAGAAGAGAGCGAGAGUGGCAAGAGAGCAAGCACAAGAAGGGAGAGCGAAGAGUUGAAUAUUCAAAUUCAAAUUCACAUUGUGGCGCCAAGUCGCCUCUCUGCGGAAAUAUGUUGCUAUAGGCGCAGGCUGGAAAGCUUCCAACACGACGGCUACCAACACGAUGAAUGGCGGGGGGGUGGUUCGCAAGAUCUUUCAACAGCACCAGCAUCCGCACCCCCAUCCGUACCAGCAGUCCCGCCCGCACUUGCUGCCGUCCCUGCUCCCACACCCGUAUAUGCAAUUGCACCCGCAGUUCCUGCCCAAUCCGGGCCAUCAGCAGUGUCGCACGUUCUACUCCCAGACGUCUCAAGUCAACCGCAGCUUCUUCCCUGCCUCCGAGCCCGUAGCAAAUUGGAGGAGCCAGUGUGCCCUUACCGUCAAUCCACCGCCCCAGAGGCCCUGGCUGCCACUGGCCAAGCCCAACAAAACGCGACCAGCCUGCAUUUUUACGGUCAUGUGCUAUAAUGUACUCUGCGACAAGUACGCGACGCGGCAGAUGUACGGAUACUGUCCAUCGUGGGCGCUGUGCUGGGAGUAUCGGAAAAAGUCCAUCAUCGACGAAAUUCGGCACUACGCGGCGGAUAUCAUUAGUCUGCAGGAGAUCGAGACGGAACAGUUCUAUCACUUUUUCCUGCCGGAGCUUAAAAACGAUGGCUAUGAGGGCAUCUUUUCCCCCAAGUCGAGAGCGAAGACGAUGUCCGAGCUGGAGCGGAAGUAUGUCGACGGCUGUGCGAUAUUCUUCAGGGCGUCAAAGUUUACGUUGAUCAAAGAGCACCUGAUCGAGUUUAACCAGCUGGCGAUGGCAAAUGCCGAGGGUUCCGACAACAUGCUGAACCGCGUGAUGCCCAAGGACAACAUAGGCCUGGCUGCUUUGCUCAAGGUUAAGGAGAACGCCUGGGAACCGAUGUCCGAGGUGACGCAGAUCUCGCAGCCGCUGCUCGUCUGCACGGCACACAUUCACUGGGACCCGGAGUUCUGUGACGUUAAGCUGAUCCAGACGAUGAUGCUGAGCAAUGAGCUGAAGACGAUCAUCGACGAGGCUAGUCACAGCUUCCGGCCCGGGCACAAGAACGACUCGAACGCCGUCCAGCUGCUGUUGUGCGGCGACUUUAACUCGCUGCCGGACUCGGGCGUGGUGGAGUUCCUCGGUAAGGGGCGCGUCAAUAUGGAUCACUUGGAUUUUAAGGACAUGGGCUACAAGUCGUGCCUGCAGCGGCUGCUCUCGAACGACACCAACGAGUUCACGCACUCGUUCAAGCUGGCCUCCGCCUACAGCGAGGACAUCAUGCCGCACACCAACUACACGUUUGACUUUAAGGGCAUCAUCGACUACAUCUUCUAUACGAAGACGGGAAUGGUGCCGUUGGGUUUGCUCGGACCCGUCUCUAACGACUGGCUACGCGAAAACAAGGUAGUAGGGUGCCCCCAUCCACACAUACCCUCGGAUCACUUUCCGCUCCUCGUUGAGCUGGAGCUGAUGCACACGGCCAGCCAGCAGGCGCCCCCCAACGGGCUGAUCAAUCGCCGGUAGCAAUAGAAUCGGCGCGGCAGACCCACCUCCAGCAACAGUACCACCACCACCAGCACCACCACCCUGAUGACGACGACGACGACGGCGCCGACGUCCUCUCGGACACCGGUCGCCAGCGGUGGGGGGAGCGGCGGCAGUGGGCCUGGAACUGGGAGCGGGAGUGGGACUGGAAGCGGAAGCAGCGGCGGCUUAGGAGGCCUCAUGAUACCAGGCGGCUACAGGGGACGCAGCUGCAGCAAUAGCGGAAGCCAGCGUCUGGCAGCCGCACUCGGACCAGCGAGAAAGACAGGCAAUCCUACUCAACCGCCGAACGACAAACCGGCAUCCGCCACACAUCCCUCUCCCAACUGACGUGGCGCUCUGCUCGCAUCAAGAUUCAGUUUUAGAGUUAGAUACGAAUUCGAACCCCCUGGUCCUCCAAGUCCAUUUACCAAGCAAACCAAUCCAAACAACCAUUGUCCCCCUCAGAACCCUAAGUUAUAAGCUGACGACGUUGUGGAGGCUUCGCUGCUUUGUGCGCUGGAUCGCAAAGUGCGUUCACCGAUGCAACCACCCAUUCAUUCGCUAGGAUCGUAAUCGUAAUAGGAAGGAAUAUAUCAUUUACUUGCUGCACUCAUUCUUCCGCGCUUCUUCUCAUUUUAAUUUUAUCAACUUUACGUUUUCAUCGAAUAAUAAAUCCGUACAUAUACAUAUAAUCUGCACACUUGCAUACAUAAAUCGUUUAGCAGCCAGAGGAAUAUCCAAAAGUGUCCCAAAACCCACUAAGCAUUAAGUGAAAAGUAAAAAUAGAAUGUGUAAAAAUUAAACAAGAAACCUAAACAAGCAAACUAAAUACUGUGUAAGCCGAUAGAAAGGAACACAACCUACAACAUGUGUACAGAAGAUACCAUUCGAGCCACACAACAGAACUCACACAAUUAUCGUCCCGGAUACUGUCCGGAUGUGCAAAGUAAAGUAGAUCCUGUAACUAGUUGAUAAUACAGCGCCGAUUCUUGUAAUGUAAAACAUUAAAUAUAGCACUUAAUACUGAUAGACUGGCCCUCACGUGAGGGUACGUCUGUAUGGAUGUUACAAAAUCAAA